AUGCCUGCCGACUGGAAGAACAUCGAGACCAUCGAGCGCCUCGUCGCUGCCAUCAUCGCCUCUAACGGCGGUAAGGUCGACAACCAGGCUGUUGCCCGCUACAUGAACGAGACCUACGACGCCAUCGAGAACCGCACUCGCGUCUACAAGAAGACCGCUCAGGCUCUUGUUAAGGAAGCCGAGGACGCUGGUCGCAUGGACAUGAACAUGAAGAAGAGCGGCAGCACCAAGAAGACCACUGCCACUCCCAAGAAGGAUAGUAAGUUUUCUCCCUCACUGAUCAUCGAUUCUUCUCACGUACUGAUGAAAGCACAGCCNGUCAAAUCUGGCCGUGUCACCAAGCGUGCACCCAAGACUCCUUCCAAGCUGAAGCGUUCCAACUCUGACGAGGACGAGGACGAGGACAUGGGCGACGCUGGCACCACUGCCGGUGCUGCUAACGAAGAAGUCUGGUUGAGCACCGCGCUUAAUAGCGAGCACUGA